GCUCCAGAUAAGAGUGUGCGGAAAGCGCGGCGGGGCUGAGACGCGACCAGGACGCGGGGAGGACGGACCAGCAGGACAGACCGACGGGGGCCCGGCGGGCGGAGGGCAGCGCAGCCACGUCCCCCCUGGAUCCGCCGGCAGCCGGGCCCGGGGCUUCCGACAUGCCCCCCAGGAGAUUGUGCUGGGCAGACGAUGCUGGACACGAUGGAGGCGCCCGGCCACUCGAGGCAGCUGCUGCUGCAGCUCAACAACCAGCGCACCAAGGGCUUCUUGUGCGACGUGAUCAUCGUGGUGCAGAACGCCCUCUUCCGCGCACACAAGAACGUGCUGGCGGCCAGCAGCGCCUACCUCAAGUCCCUGGUGGUGCAUGACAACCUGCUCAACCUGGACCAUGACAUGGUGAGCCCGGCAGUGUUCCGCCUGGUGCUGGACUUCAUCUACACCGGCCGCCUGACUGAUGGCGCGGAGGCGGCGGCGGCGGCCGCCGUGGCCCCGGGAGCCGAGCCGAGCCUGGGCGCCGUGCUGGCCGCCGCCAGCUACCUGCAGAUCCCCGACCUCGUGGCGCUGUGCAAGAAGCGCCUCAAGCGCCACGGCAAGUACUGCCACCUGCGGGGCGGCGGCGGUGGCGGCGGCGGCUACGCACCCUACGGGAGGCCGGGCCGGGGCCUGCGGGCUGCCACGCCCGUCAUCCAGGCCUGCUACUCGUCCCCGGCCGGGCCUCCGCCGCCGCCCACCGCCGAGGCGCCGUCGGGCCCCGAGGCCGCGGUGAACACGCACUGCGCCGAGCUGUACGCCUCGGGCCCCGGCCCGGCCGCCGCGCUCUGCGCCCCGGAGCGCCGCUGCUCCCCGCUCUGCGGCCUGGACCUGUCCAAGAAAAGCCCGCCGGGCUCCGCGCCUCCCGAGCGGCCGCCGGGCGAGCGCGAGCUGCCCCCGCGCCCAGACAGCCCUCCCAGCGCCGGCCCCGCAGCCUACAAGGAGCCACCGCUCGCCCUGCCGCCCCUGCCGCCGCUGCCCUUCCAGAAGCUGGAGGAGGCCGGACCGCCUCCGGACCCGUUCCGCGGCGGCGGCGGCGGCAGCCCGGGACCCGAGCCCCCCGGCCGCCCCGACGGGCCCAGCCUCCUCUACCGCUGGAUGAAGCACGAGCCAGGCCUGGGCAGCUACGGCGACGAGCUGGGCCGCGAGCGCGGCUCCCCCAGCGAACGAUGCGAGGAGCGAGGCGGGGACCCGGCCGCCUCGCCCGGGGGUCCUCCGCUCGGCCUGGCGCCGCCGCCGCGCUACCCGGGCAGCUUGGACGGGCCUGGGGCGGGCGGCGACGGCGACGACUACAAGAGCAGCAGCGAGGAGACGGGCAGCAGCGAGGACCCCAGCCCACCCGGCGGCCACCUCGAGGGCUACCCGUGCCCGCACCUGGCCUAUGGCGAGCCCGAGAGCUUCGGCGACAACCUGUACGUGUGCAUCCCGUGCGGAAAGGGCUUCCCCAGCUCGGAGCAGCUGAACGCGCACGUGGAGGCGCACGUGGAGGAGGAGGAGGCGCUGUACGGCAGGGCCGAGGCGGCUGAGGUGGCUGCAGGGGCCGCCGGCCUCGGGCCCCCUUUUGGAGGCGGUGGGGACAAGGUCGCUGGGGCUCCGGGGGGCCUGGGCGAGCUGCUGCGGCCGUACCGCUGCGCGUCGUGCGACAAGAGCUACAAGGACCCGGCCACGCUGCGGCAGCACGAGAAGACGCACUGGCUGACCCGGCCCUAUCCGUGCACCAUCUGCGGGAAGAAGUUCACGCAGCGCGGGACCAUGACGCGCCACAUGCGCAGCCACCUGGGCCUCAAGCCCUUCGCGUGCGACGCGUGCGGCAUGCGCUUCACGCGCCAGUACCGCCUCACCGAGCACAUGCGCAUCCACUCGGGCGAGAAGCCCUACGAGUGCCAGGUGUGCGGCGGCAAGUUCGCCCAGCAACGCAACCUCAUCAGCCACAUGAAGAUGCACGCCGUGGGUGGCGCGGCCGGCGCGGCCGGGGCGCUGGCGGGGCUGGGGGGGCUCCCCGGCGUCCCCGGCCCCGAUGGCAAGGGCAAGCUCGACUUCCCCGAGGGCGUCUUUGCUGUGGCGCGCCUCACGGCUGAACAGCUGAGCCUGAAGCAGCAGGACAAGGCGGCUGCGGCCGAGCUGCUGGCCCAGACCACGCACUUCCUGCACGACCCCAAGGUGGCGCUCGAGAGCCUCUACCCGUUGGCCAAGUUCACUGCGGAGCUGGGCCUCAGCCCCGACAAGGCGGCCGAGGUGCUGAGCCAGGGAGCGCACCUGGCCGCCGGCCCCGACGGCCGGACCAUCGACCGUUUCUCCCCCACCUAGAGCGGUCUUGCCGCCGCGUGGCCCCGGCCCGCGCCCCUAGGCAGCGGCGGCGGUGGCCACCAGCAGGCAGGCACACCGCGCCCGACGACUGUAGUAGCUGCGGCAGCGUCGCCGCAGGGGCGGCGGCCCCACCUGGCCUCACUGCUUUGUGCCUUAGCCCGG